AUGGUUGUAGCGACAAUUAAGUGUGUGGUGGUUGGUGACGGUGCCGUCGGCAAGACCUGUCUUUUGAUCUCGUACACGACCAACAAAUUCCCGUCGGAAUAUGUGCCUACCGUUUUUGAUAACUAUGCCGUGACGGUCAUGAUUGGCGAUGAGCCGUACACUUUGGGAUUGUUCGAUACUGCUGGUCAGGAGGAUUACGAUCGUCUGCGUCCUCUUUCCUAUCCCCAGACCGAUGUCUUCCUUGUUUGCUUUUCCGUCACCUCCCCUGCCUCCUUUGAGAACGUCCGCGAAAAGUGGUUCCCCGAGGUGCACCACCACUGCCCCGGUGUGCCCUGCCUGAUUGUGGGUACGCAAACCGAUCUUCGCGACGACCCCGCUGUCCGUGAGAAGCUCUCCCGCCAGAAGAUGCAGCCGAUUCGCAAGGAGGACGGAGACCGGAUGGCCAAGGAGCUGGGUGCUGUGAAGUACGUGGAGUGCUCCGCCCUCACACAGUACAAGCUGAAGGAUGUGUUCGACGAGGCUAUUGUGGCCGCGCUCGAGCCGGCUCCCAAGAAGUCGAAGAAGUGCGUCUUGCUGUAAUCGAUCA